AUGUAUGGACUCAACCCUUCAUUGCGGGGCUCUUUGCAGUCCAAAACCAGAUCACUUUGGAGGACUGGCUGGGUCUGCAGCUCAUGUCGGGCAAGAGCUAUACCAAAAGUCAGAUACUCUACAGAUACAACACCAAAGAAGCCGUACUAUGUCACCACACCAAUUUUCUACGUGAAUGCCGCACCUCAUGUUGGUCACCUAUAUACUAUGGUCCUGGCGGACGUCUUCAAACGAUGGCAAGUUUUAAAGGGCGAGACAGCGAUCUUAUGUACAGGAACAGACGAACAUGGCAUGAAGAUACAACGAGCUGCUGCACAAGCAGGCACACUUCCUAAAGAAUUUUGUGAUAAUGGCGCCGAGACAUUUAAAAAGUUGGCACAGCGAGCAGGACUUUCAAACGAUCAUUUUGUACGCACGACUGAUCAAGAUCACAAAGAGACAGUAGAAUAUGUCUGGUAUAUGCUGAAGGAACGGGAAUAUAUUUACGAGUCAAAACACGAGGGGUGGUACUGCGUCAGUGAUGAGACUUUCUAUCCUGAGUCCGUGAUUGAGAAGAGGCUGGACCCUUUUACUGGGAGGACAUUCAUUGCUUCUCAAGAGACUGGUAAAGAGGUUGAAUGGACAUCGGAAAAAAAUUACCACUUUCGAUUAUCUGCUUUCAAGGAUCAACUUCUUGAGUUUUACGAAAGGAACCCCGAUUUUGUUGUACCAUUGACUCGGAUGAAGGAUGUGGUCAAUCAAGUGUCUAAAGGCUUAGAAGACCUCUCAAUAUCUCGUCCCUCCGAUCGUCUGAGUUGGGGCAUUCGAGUUCCAGACGAUGACAGUCAGACUAUAUAUGUGUGGCUCGAUGCACUAGUCAACUACAUUACAAAAGCAAGCUACCCGUGGGCUCCAGGGAAUGAAGCUGCUGGGGGAUGGCCUGCGGACGUACAAGUUAUCGGGAAGGAUAUUGUUCGAUUUCACUGCAUAUAUUGGCCCGCAUUUCUUCUCGCCUUGAAUCUACAACCACCAAAGCGAAUUUUGACGCAUGCUCACUGGACAAUGGACAACCAAAAAAUGUCCAAAUCAGUAGGGAAUGUAGUCAACCCAUUUUUUGCAAUGGAUCGAUUUGGGGUCGAUGUGAUGCGCUAUUACCUUAUUCAUGAUGGUGGAAUUAAGGAAGAUUCUAGCUAUGGAAAUGAAUAUAUUGUUGAAAGAUACAAGAAAGGAUUGCAAAAAGGUCUAGGUAAUCUUGUCAGUCGAUUGACCAGACCAAAAGUAUGGAAUGUUCGUUCUUGCGUAGAAGCCGCACAUUCUGAAGGAUUGCAUAAUUCGGAUAUUUCUACCAAUCAGCAGAUCGCUUUACUUAAUAAUGUUCGCCCAAAAGCUAACGACAAAAUGCAAGAGCUGAACCCAGCAGCAGCUCUGCAUGUUAUUAUGGAUACCGUAUUUGAAACUAACAAAUACUUACAAGAAGAAGCUCCCUGGAGUCUCGCAAAAUCUGAGGAACCAAACGCUAAAGAAAAACUCAUAAGCGCCGUAUAUCAUUCAGCCGAGGCGAUCCGCAUAGUUGGAAUCCUCCUUCAGCCGUACAUGCCGGAGAAAGCAUCUCUACUCCUGGAUAUGAUAGGUGUCAUACCAGAGCGUCGAACAUACGAGUACGCGACACUAGGCGCUGAUCCUUCUUAUGGUGAUGCUCAGGUUCCGCUGGGUAAAUGUGCAUGGGAUGCGCUAUUUCCACCCUUGGCAAUCGAGACUUGA